GCGUUCGUAAAAUUGUUAAUAUGGCAGAUAUCUGUGUCUCUAGUGUUGUUUAAGUUCGACAAACUGUACGGUAUAAGUAGGUUUUAUAUUGGUUAAAACUGUGCUGAAAUGUACGUGAAAUCGUGGGUUUAGUUGAUAAGUGUGAUCGCGAGUUGGACUCCGUGUGUGCAAACAAUUGUAUGUUUAAACUAUUUCAACGUAACACGUUCAUUCCAAGUCAACAACAUCGACUUUUUGGUGUUUUUUUUUUGACGUUCAUCUACUUUGUUUAUCAUGAAUUCAAUUCAAUACUCACUGCAGUGAUUUUCAGCGGGGACUAAUAAAAUAGCAGGUACUUUAUAGUGGAGCCAUCGGGCUAUGGCCAACCUGAACUUUGAGCAGCCACCACGCAGUAUAGCGAACGCAAGCCUUACCUCGCGUGGGGGCAGUGGGGGGGGCUUAAGCUCGUCGACCCUUCCGGGUCAUGUCACGCCUACCUCGGGCAUGUUCUCAGGGUCAUCAGCAAGUACGUCGAGUACGGGGAACUCAUCUGCUGUUGGAGCCAACAUCUACCCUGGUGGUGCCGGAGGUGCACAACCUACCGUGCAUCCUACCCAACAGCAGUUGUCACCUAUGGGGAGCAGAGGGCUCUUUGGGCAGAGAGCUUUCACCGACAGACGAACCAUGCCUGCUAUUGGGAACUCGAACCCAAUGGGUAGCAUGGGCAGUUUUGGAAUACCUCAAACUCGCAGCUACGGAUCUCAAGGUGCGAUCAACAAUUUCCACUCUGUGUUUGGAAGUGGGGGCGGGGGAGACACCAGCACCCCUCCCCUUCUGGACCUUUCGGAGUUCCCCUCGCUGACGAACCGAGGUCAGGGUGACUCUAUGCCUCAGCCAAGUCCUAUGCCGGGCAAGCAACCUUAUGUUGGCAUGGUAAAACAGCCAACAUCCGAAGCAAGUGAAUUUACCAUGAGCUCGGAAGACUUUCCUGCGUUACCAGGCACACAAAGCAGGGAAGGGCCGUCACCUGGGGGUAGUAUUUCUGGGGAUAAAGGAAUGGUUGUGGGACUUGGUCCAGAAAUUGGUCAGGAUGUACUCCAAGUAAAUAGAGCACCUGGCUCGGAAAAAUCACAGGCGUCGAAAAGAGGCAUUCAAACAUCACCCGAUGGUAAAGUGACGCAUAUACCUGCAAGUAUGGUGAAAGACCAAUUCGGGAUGGUGGGACUGUUGACGUUUAUCAGAGCAGCAGAAACAGAUCCGAAUCUCGUAUCACUGGCGCUGGGGCAGGACCUCACCGCUCUUGGACUUAAUCUUAAUUCACCCGAAAACCUUUACCAGAACUUUGGUGGACCCUGGGCGGAAACGCCUUGUCGACCCCAAGAUAUCGAUUUUCACGUACCACCAGAAUAUCUCAUCAAUGCCUCCAUCAGGGAUAAGCUGGCGCCUGUUAAACUAAAUCGGUAUAAAGAUGAUCUCCUAUUUUAUAUGUUUUACACGAACGUUGGAGACGUGUUGCAGCUAGCGGCCGCAGCAGAAUUGUACAGUCGGGAAUGGCGGUACCACAUGGAAGAGAAAGUUUGGAUCACGCAGGCACCAGGUUUGGGUCCUGUGGAAAAGACGUCAACGUACGAACGGGGUACUUAUUACUACUUUGAUGCGCAGAAUUGGCGGAAGGUUGCGAAAGAGUUCCAUUUAGACUACACUAAGCUGGAGAACAGGCCACAUCUCCCCACCACUUUUCACCAAUCCCAGCCUUGACUACAGAUCUGCCUGCAGACUCUUGUGCUGUCUUCGAGCUGGAAGAAAUUCAGCUAUUGUAUAAAUGAACAAAUUUAAUAAUCUUUAAUAAAAACAUAAAAUUCAAAGAGUAAUAAACCAAGUUUCUUGCUAA